GAAAACGCACCGGAGAUCGCCAAGGUCCUUGUGUACUGUCAGCAGGUGCUGGGCCAUCUCUGCGAGAAGUUCAGCAGCCUUCCGGAGGUGCCGAAGUGGGACCUGACCCCGUUCAAAACCAUCGAGGGCUUCCUGACAGUGGUGUCGGAGGGCAAGCUCGAGAUCUUCGGGCUUCCCGACCGUGCGAGGCGAGUGCACAACCUUCUCCGUGCCAUCAUUCGCGGCGAGCACUAUGCGGACUUCGAGGCCACCAUCAAGGAGUUUCCUGAUGCCCCUCUGGCCACCAGGUGGCAGCAUGCGCUCCCUCUUUCAGAGCCAGCGCCAGAGACUGCGGCUCAGGCGGCAUUGCAGACCGAGGAGGACGAGCCGAGCGGUGCUGCCUCGUCGAUGAACGACGAGGCAGAAAAAAACCGCCUGAGGGGCGUGAAGGCGGCUGGAAUGGAGGAAAUAGGUCAUUAUGUGAAAUUCAUCCAGAUCGACUCGGACGGCCUGGCAGACGGAUUAUUGGUACACAAUCGUGUCAAACCGGUCCUUUCCAGCAUGCCCCCUUUGGACCGCGGGCAAAACGUGGUCUUCAUCGUCGACCCAGGCGUCAUGUCCGAGCCGUCCGAAACCUACACCCGAGCACACAACGUGUAUUCGAGAACACCGUCGGUGUUCACCCACGUGAUCACCGGCAACGUCAAGGCUGCUGGGAUGUUCGCCUCGGAGUUUCCAGGGGUAGCGACGUUCGGGUGCUUCGACGUGGGCUCAUACAAGGCCGGCCAGUGUAUCAGGUCGCAGCUGGCCAAAGCCAAGAUUGGCCGGUACCAGGCCUGGGACCUUCUUCCUCGACAGUGUGAUAUGGAAGCUCGGCUACUUUUCCGACAUGGAACGGACGAGGAUCAAGAGUCGGCACUGAAGCGGCGAAAAACGUUGGGCGUCACCGCCGGGCACUUGACCUACAUCGUGGGACGUGAAGUUUUUCACUUCUGCCGGAGCAUCAAUCCCAUCGAUGCAAAGCCGCACAAGCACCUGACAAUGCCGGCCGGGUCUGGUGACUCGUCGGCCAGUUGGCUGACGAUUCCGCUCCCUCACCCCUCCACACUGCGACCAUUGGUGAGUAAGGCCGACAAGCAGAAGGCGGUGCUCAUGAAGUAUGACAGCAGGAACCAAAAGAAGGAUGCCAAUGCCAAGGCGCUCAACGAUGAGGAUGUUGUGCAGCAUGCAGCAGAGAUCGGUGAGGAGGAGCUGCAGCCGUUGAAUUACCUGGCGAGACAUGGCAGCUUGCACAAGGAGCUGUGGCACCUUCUGGAUGCGGGACGGCUGGUCAGCUUCAGUCCAGAGUUCAAUCAGCUAUCCGCAGCCAUGGAGCAGCGACUCUUCACCAUUGCUCUGGUGCGAAGCAGCCUCCACGAGGACCUGCUGAAGAAGGAAUUGCUCGAGUGGGUGACACAGGAGCUGCAGCGUCCUUCCAACGACCGUUUCUUCCGGCCUCAUCUGGCACCGCCUCAGAAAGACGUCGUCGAGGUGGCCCCUGCCGCCGGGAGGCCCCGAUUGAGACACGUCCUGGGAGCACGAGCAACUGCCCGGGACAGACCGAGGAUCAGGAGGAGUAUGGCGGCGAUGACGGAGAGAUCCCUGGGCUGCUGCAGAACAUGGACGAGGACGAGGACCCGGAGGCUCAGGAGGAGUUUGAGGAGGAUCUUGAUGAGGGCAAUGCCUAGGAAGUUUCACGACUGA